CCCGAGUCCGAGGUAUUUGAGAUUACAGACUUCACCACUGCUUCGGAAUGGGAAAGGUUUAUUUCCAAAGUUGAAGAAGUCUUGAAUGAUUGGAAACUGAUUGGAAACUCUUUGGGAAGGCCCCUUGAAAAGGUUGGAUAUUUCCUUUUGAUUUUGAGUUCAUUCGCACUUUCUCCUGGUGUUUUAAACUUGCUAUAAGCUUAUCUGGGUAUAUUUACUUCUGGCACAUGGGAAGAGAAAUCAGAUGAAAUUUCAUUUGCUGAUUUCAAAUUUUCUAUCACUCAUCAUUAUCUUGUACAAGAGUCCAAUGAGAAAGAAAGGAAAGAUGAAGUACUGGAAGAUGCCAUUCCACAAUCUAUGCAAGAUUUGCUGUGUAUGAAUAAUGACUUUCCUCCAAGAGCACAUUGCCUGGUAAGAUGGUAUGGCCUACGUGAGUUUGUGGUGAUUGCCCCUGCUGCACACAGUGAUGCAGUUCUCAGUGAAUCUAAGUGCAACCUUCUUCUGAGUUCUGUUUCCAUUGCAUUGGGAAACACUGGGUGUCAGGUACCACUUUUUGUGCAAAUACAUCACAAAUGGCGAAGAAUGUAUGUAGGAGAAUGUCAAGGUCCUGGUGUCCGAACUGAUUUUGAAAUGGUUCAUCUUCGAAAAGUGCCAAAUCAGUACACUCACUUAUCAGGUCUACUGGAUAUCUUCAAAUCAAAGAUUGGAUGUCCUUUAACUCCAUUGCCUCCAGUUAGUAUUGCUAUUCGAUUUACCUAUGUGCUUCAGGAUUGGCAGCAGUACUUUUGGCCUCAGCAACCUCCAGAUUUAGAUGCUCUGGUAGGAGGAGAAGUUGGUGGGCUGGAGUUUGGCAAGUUACCAUUUGGUGCCUGUGAAGAUCCUAUUAGUGAACUCCAUUUAGCAACUACUUGGCCUCAUCUGACUGAAGGGAUCAUUGUGGAUAAUGAUGUAUAUUCUGAUUUGGAUCCUAUUCAAGCUCCCCAUUGGUCUGUUAGAGUUAGGAAAGCAGAUAAUCCUCAGUGUUUGCUAGGUGAUUUUAUUACUGAAUUUUUAAAAAUUUGCCGUCGAAAGGAGUCAACUGAUGAAAUUCUUGGACGAUCCACCUUUGAGGAGGAAGGAAGAGAAACUGCUGAUAUAACUCAUGCUUUGUCAAAGUUGACAGAGCCAACACCAGUUCCAAUUCAUAAAUUAUCAGUUUCAAAUAUGGUACACACUGCAAAGAAGAAAAUACGAAAACACAGAGGUGUAGAAGAGUCACCCCUGAAUAAUGAUGUCCUCAAUGCUAUUCUUUUGUUCUUAUUCCCUGAUGCUGCUUCUGAGAAACUAUUAGAAGGAACUACUUCAACAGACCAUAAUAAUCCUCCAUCAGACAGUGAAGAUUAUAAUCUCUACAAUCAGUUCAAAUCUGCACCAUCUGACAGUUUAACAUACAAAUUAGCUUUGUGCCUUUGUAUGAUCAAUUUCUACCAUGGAGGCCUAAAAGGAGUGGCACAUCUUUGGCAGGAAUUUGUUCUUGAAAUGCGCUUCAGAUGGGAAAACAACUUUCUCAUUCCAGGAUUGGCCAGUGGAGCCCCAGAUCUAAGAUGUUGUUUACUGCAUCAGAAGCUGCAGAUGUUAAAUUGUUGUAUUGAAAGAAAGAAGGCACGUGAUGAGGGGAAAAAAAUAAGUACUUCCGACACUGUAACUAUUGCACAUCCAGGGGAUGCUGGAAAAAUUGGAGAUCAGCUGGGGCCGGAUCAUCUCAAAGAUACGGAGAAGGGGGAGAUGGGAAAAUCUUGGGAUUCAUGGAGUGAUAGUGAAGAAGAAUUUUUUGAAUGCCUGAGUGAUACAGAAGAACUUAAAGGAAAUGGACAAGAGAGUGGCAAGAAAGGAGGACCUAAGGAGAUGGCAAAUUUAAAACCAGAAGGACGUCUCUAUCAGCAUGGAAAACUUACACUACUACAUAAUGGAGAACCUCUGUACAUUCCAGUAACCCAGGAACCAGCACCUAUGACAGAAGAUCUGUUAGAAGAGCAGUCUGAGGUCUUAGCUAAAUUAGGUACAUCGGCAGAAGGGGCUCACCUCCGAGCACGCAUGCAGAGUGCCUGUCUGCUUUCUGAUAUGGAGUCUUUUAAGGCAGCCAACCCUGGUUGUCUUCUGGAAGAUUUUGUGAGGUGGUAUUCCCCCAGGGAUUAUAUUGAAGAGGAAGUGACUGAUGAUAAGGGGAAUAUAGUUCUGAAAGGAGAACUGAGUGCCCGAAUGAAAAUUCCAAGCAACAUGUGGGUAGAAGCCUGGGAAACAGCUAAGCCAAUACCUGCCAGACGACAAAGAAGGCUCUUUGAUGAUACACGUGAAGCAGAAAAGGUGCUACACUAUUUGGCAAUCCAGAAACCUGCAGACCUGGCUCGGCACCUUUUACCUUGCGUGAUUCAUGCAGCUGUACUCAAAGUAAAGGAAGAAGAAAGUCUGGAAAACAUUUCUUCCAUUAAGAAGAUUAUAAAGCAGAUUGUAUCCCAUUCGAGUAAAGUUUUGCAUUUCCCCAACCCAGAAGAUAAGAAAUUAGAAGAAAUUAUCCAUCAGAUUAUUAGUGUGGAAGCCAUAAUUGCAAGAGCUCGAUCCCUGAAGGCCAAGUUUGGAACUGAGAAAUGUGAACAGGAAGAGGAAAAGGAAGAUCUUGAAAGGUUUGUGAGUUGCCUGUUGGAGCAGCCUGAAGUGUUAGUCACUGGGGCAGGAAGAGGACACGCUGGCAGGAUCAUUCACAACUUGUUUGUGAAUGCUCAAAGGCUGACUGAAUCUUCUGAUGAGGCUGCAGCCAUGACUUCCCCAGAGGAGGAACUGAAGAGGACAGCCUCCCCCGAGGAGAGAAGGCAGAAUAUGGUGUCGGACUUCCCGCCGCCCGCUGGCCGGGAGCUCAUCCUGCGCACCACUGUGCCACGCCCUGCACCCUACUCCAAAGCCCUGCCACAACGGAUGUAUAGCGUCCUCACCAAAGAGGACUUCAGACUUGCAGGUGCCUUUUCAUCAGACACGUCCUUCUUCUAAGUCUCCUGGCAUCAUCUCGGCGGUGACUUUGGAGGCAGCACUGCCUGCUUUGGCCAGGGAGUCCCUAUGAGGGCCAGGAAGGGGCUUGUCCGCAGAAUGGUCAAGAGUCACACCAGCACCCAGAGGACUUCUGGGAACUGCAGUCAGGCUCUAGAGUACCUUGGUAGGGGCAGGGAGACAGGGCUAGCAUUAAGGAAAGAUCUCUGCCCCACAGAGAUGGCCAUUGUGGAUAGGGGCAAAAAUCAUCGGGAGCCCUCCAUCUUCACUGCUGCAAGACAGCAUUCGUCUCACUUCCUCCCCCUGUGACUAUCCUUGGAGCUAUGGCCUUGCUUUCAUAAUCUACACACACACUUAGUGGCAGUAUUUGUUAAUAUCCAGUAUGCAGCAUAUGUCCACUCAAGAUAUCUGGAUUUUUUGGUGGUAGCUUCUAGUUUCAGAGUCUGUGUUUUUUAGUUACUACAUGACUUUGUUCAGUCACCUGGUGGUCAUCUUUAUUAAACUAAUUAACUUGAUGAACAUUUGGACUGUUCUAGGAGAAACCCUAGAAUUUUCUAUAGUUUUUCCAUCUAACUGUAGGCUAAAUGUCUUCUGAUAAAACUAUAAAUUAAAUGACACUUAGGUUACUUUUAUAUAUGUCUUAUAAGAUUUACUGUCUCUUACCUAUUUUGCUCUUGGUUGCCUUGUAAGUUACCAACCUGCAAAAUGUUUUCCCGUUUGCUAUAUGGCAUGCUUUCGUUUUUGGUGGCUGCUGCUGGGUCCUAAGUAGAAAUUAGCACAUGCUAAAAACACAGCCCCACUACAUAGAAACUAUCAAGCAGUUAAUAUAAUCUGGCAUACACACUAACAUAGUGAGAUUACUUUAUUGCAUUAUCUUGAUUUUUUUAGUUAAAAAAAAUCUGUGGGAUAUACAGAACCCAGAAUAAGAAUAACAAGAAAUAUAUUUCUAGGUAUGUGAAGAUUGAGAUCUACCGAGUCUAUUGCUAUAUGGCCUCUGUUCCGUAAUCUUAAAUUAUUUUUAGGUUUAAAAUUCCCACCUUUACUCUAAAGUGAAAAAUCAUAAUGAAGUAUAAAUUCUUCCUAUGUAAUUUUAAAGAAUUGAUAGAGCUGUGCAAACCAUGUUAUUUUUUUUUAUUUUAAAGAAAAAAACAAAACAGUAAAAGGGUACAAAUAAUACAGAAUUUCAAAAAACUUAAACAGUAAGAAAUCAGUAACCAUGUUAUUUUUGUAAAACAAAAAUCUGUACACACAUCGGGUGUGUAUAUACACUUUUGUAUGUGAGCCUUUACAGUGUGUUUCUCUGAGAUGCUCGACUCUGUUGCUUUUGCAAAUCCACGGAUACAGGCUUGAGGACUGAGUGCUGGACCAGACAGACUCCCAAAGCCAGUUUGUCUGCUAUCAGAGCAUAUUAGUAACAGAAAUUAUAACGGAGAGGUUGGAAUUUUAAAAGGCACUGUGAAUCUAAUAAAAAGGAAAGUAAUGUU